AUCCGUAUACUAACCUCUUUGUGAACGGUUGUUUGGCGGGAGUUUUGAGUCAUGGCCAGUCAGAGCGAGCUCUACAAGCACCUAUGGGAGCCUAAAAAGACAACAAGAGACUGGGGCACUACUGAGUAUCGUAUCAUCAGAACCUGGACCCCUAGAGCACCUCCUAGCAUUGACCAAUCAGAGGCAGGGCAGUCACACUACAAUCAGCCUGACUCCCCACACUAUGAACCAGGAGGUGGCAGUGAUAGCGGGGGAGAGAUGGAGGAGGAGGAAGGGGCAUAUCUGGGCACCCCAUCGUCCUCCCUGCAGUCUCUCCAGAGAGGACUUCCACCCACUGCAGCUGGAGAGAGUAAUGGACGUACCACUGAGACUACGGAGGCUACCACUGAGACUUUUGAGACUACGAGAAAUACCAAAGAGACCACAGAGGCUACUAGAAAUACCAAAGAGACUACAGAGGCUACUAGAAAUACCACAGAGGCUACCAAUGAGACUACGGAGGCUACUAAACAUACCUCUGUGGAGACUGUUAGUCUGAGCAUUAGGAUGGGCCCAGUUGCUGCUGUGUGGGAAGGAGUGCAGAGGUCAACCAGAAGGUUGCGUCCCCGACCCCACCAGGAUUCUGAUGAGGCUGAGAUUAAGGGGCAGGAGGAAGAGAAGGAUGCAACUAAUGAAAGCAGUGAGAAUGAAGACCCGCAGCCCACCACUGUGACGGUAAAAUCAUCUGGACACAAGUCCCAACAUGUCCCACCUAGUCUCCAGAAGACUCCACAGCCUGCCACUGGUGGUGGUGCUAGAGCAGCACCUGCUAUCCUAGCUUCAGAGACAGAUACUGGAACUGAGUCCGAUCCAGAGAAUGUGAUGGAUAGACUUCCUGAAUCGCAAAAGGCUACCAGAAAAGGUAGAAAGAGAGCAUCUGCCAAAUCAUCUCAGUUCACACUGUGGCUAUCGGCUUACCAGAGAACUGGUAGAGAUCUCAACGAGCUGGACAUCUGUCUCUCCACCUACGACUCUUUCAUGAGAGAGGCCAUACAAGAUGAGGGUGAUGCUGAAGUACAGAGGGCUAUGGUCCGACAUUGGAAGCUCACCCGGAAACACAUGCUCUCCACUAUUAGAGAUAUUUCUGCUGUGUCAGCUCUUGAGAAAAGACACCGUCAGGAGGUGACCAAGAACAAAAAGUUGCAGAAAGAGAGUGCACUCAUGAUCAGUAGACUAAGAAAGUACGGAAAACUGGUUGUGAAAUCGUGUUUGCACAACAAUUUUUAGGAUAAAAACUUUAACAUUACUCUGUUGGUAAUAAUAGCCAUAACCUGGUCACCUAUCCUCCUUGGACCAUUGUGCCCUAUGUUAGGCACACAGUUGCAUUCUCCUUAAAAUUUCCCCCCUCUGCCGACCAUGUUUGCAAUGUAUAAUAGUUUUUAAUGGAAACUGUUAGUGUAGGAGACUGUCUAUUUUCUAUGCCAGAGUGAAUGGUCAGCACCUAAAAGUGAUAUCCAAGGCUAAACAGACAAGAGAAACACAUAAGCUGGGUGUUGAGCAAGCAGAGAUUGAGGAACUGUCCUGCAAAAUUUCAGCUUAUGUUGCCAGACAGAAGUGACUUUCUCGUGCACAUCCCUUUAUUUAGCGGACUUUUCUGGAUUGCUUUUCCAGCAAUAAUAUUGUCCCCAUUUAAAUUUCAUGCUUAUAUGACCAAAAAAACAGCGAAAUUCGUGA